AUGGAGUGCACUCCUGAUACAUAUGUUCACUUCCAGAGCUGUAAAGACCAGACGGCCGGUGUGACGCUGUUUGACAGUGGCUACGCCGAUGUCCUCCGCAGCCCACGGAGGGCCAGUGAAGCAAAGGACCCCCCCUGUAAGCUGUUGUCUUCAGACCAAUUUCAUGAAACGCCUAAGGAGAACCUUUCACUCUUUGUCACCCCAAAGAAGGAGAGAGCCAAGCCAUCAAUCAGGCCUCUGGACGAUGUCAGGGGAGCACAACGGCCAUUACAAACAUCUGGUUGGUGUGAAACUCCCAAAGUAGGUAAGAGAGAUGCCUUGCUGCGACGCAGACUUCACAUGUGUAAACCUAGCACAGAUGUCAAACCUGUAAAUACAGGAACACCAUGCACCGGACCGACUGAAUCCUCCCUCAGUGCCAGAACUGAGCACUGUGUCAAUGCAUUUUCUGUCUCCCAGGACAAUGCGUUGGGAGCUCUGUCUUCAAGCACUUUAACGGCAGAGUCUGACGUGGUGUUCUCUGUUAGAAAACGUCGCCUUUUCUUCUCCCAAGUGAGGACCUCCACUCUCAGAGAUGGUAAACACAAUGUAGGUGACCUGUCCAGCUUUGAGAAAGAGAUUUCCUUUUUGGAUGCAGACCCCAAUGACGGAAACGACUCCUUUGGCAACCUUAUCAGUGAACAAUGGGAGACGCCUCACUCAGGCAAACUCCUGCCUCUCCUGGCUAAGGAGUACUUCCAAACCCCAGUCAGCAGUGUGGCAGUAAACCUCUGUGACACUCCAAGUGUCUUGAGCACACCAUCAACCUCUCACAUACCCAAAUACAACCCUCAUUCCCAACCCUCCAACAGGUCUGUGUCUGAGGACAGUGGUUUCGGUUCCCUGACCCAUGACAAAUCCCAGGACUCGUUGGUUGACCAUGACGACUCUUUCCAGGAGUUGCUACUCUCUUCUGCAGCCUCCAGGAGAAACUGUGAGACCCCACUCCUGGCAGAGACAAAGAGGCGGUCCCGGUUGCAGCGUCAGCACAGGCUCUCCACACUUCGAGAGGGAGGCUCACACUCUGACGAUGACAUCAGGAAUAUCAGUCAAACACAUGCGGGUAAAACAGACCAGCACUUUCCUCAAUGCCCGAGCCCCUUGGCGGAAAAUGUGUUUGUUAUGGACAAUAUCACCCCACAUAAGUCCCCUACUAUCAAACAGGACAACAAGUUGAUCCCUCUUGGCAUGACCUCUGCCAAGCUGGAGGUCAUCCCUCUUCAAACCACUAUAGCCAAACCACAUAAGUCUACACCUGUAUUUACAGACCCUGCUUGCCACAAUGUCACUCCUCUCAGGAUAACACCACUCAGGUAUGACAAUCUCUCAUUGACCCCCGCCUUGCAGCUGGUCCACGCUAUGUGUCAGAAAAAUGCCCAGAUGUUACAUGACCAGAGUCCAAGCCUUGAAGAGCAUCUGAGGUCAGCUGCAGUGCUGGCUGAAACCACAAUGUUUAGGACCACUAUGCCAUUGGCAGGGCUCAUUGGUCGGAAGAUGGGUCUUGGGAAGAUUGAUGUUCUCAAAGAACUGAAGAAGAGGAAGCUCAGGCACAUCUUAACUGUCAUACUGAACCACCUGUCUCCAGAGGACAUCUACAGGUUUGGUCAGGUGUCUGAGAGCUGGAAUGAAAUUAUCCUGCAUGACAAGAAAGCCAGCUGCAAAAGAAAAGUUCACCUCAAUGCAAUGGAGGUUGCUUUAGAGCGUGGUGAUGCGAUCCAUGUUCCUGAUGCGGAGACCAGACUGACCCUGGUGAAGCGAUCAGUCCUUGGGUCUGUCCAGGCCCGGUCAAGGGACUCAAGUUUCUGUGCCCCUCAGUCAGGAAAAGGCAUUUUAACUCCAUCGCAGCACAGCACUUCACACUCAGGCAGUAGCACCAAACAGGAGAAGUUCAUUCAAGUGGCCAAGACCCUUUUCGAGGAUGAGUGUCUUAAGCCGUGCCCACGAUGCCAGCAUCCAGCCAAAUGUCAUACUGUUAAAAAUGAGGGUGUGUGCAGCAGAGAUGACUGUGGUUUCCAGUUUUGCACAGCCUGCCUGUGUGCUUUCCAUGGCUCCAAAGUGUGUGCCAGCCGCUCUGCUGGCCGGCGCAACAAGAAGGAUACACUUCUUCCAGGAAGUGCUCAGAGCAAACGAAAUCUAAGGAGACUGUGA